AUGAGGCUCUUUUCCACCCUCUUCAGCUUGACCCUUGCGGUCUCUGCCGUGGCCCUGCCAACGACCGACCAUGUGGUCCAUGAAAGACGCACCAGCACUCCAUCCCGCUGGGAAAAGACCGCCCGCGUCAAUGGGACCGAGCAGGUGUUGGUCCGCAUUGGACUGGCCCAGAGUAAUCUCGAUCACGCAUACGAGUACCUCAUGAGCGUCUCCGACUCGGUCUCGCCCAACUACGGCAAGUUCUGGACGUCCGACGAGGUGAUUAGCACCUUUGCACCGUCGGACGAGACAGUCGCCGCCGUGGAAAGCUGGCUUGUCAACGCUGGAGUCGCGAAGUCUCGUUUGGUUCACACCAAGAACCAGGGCUGGAUUGUUUUCGAGUCCACAGCCACCGAGGCUGAGAGUCUGCUCCGUACCAAGUAUUAUCAGUACACGGACAAGCUCACUGGCUCCAAGGCCAUUGCUGCGGAAGAAUACCGGGUUCCUCAAACGAUCCAGAAGCACAUCGACUUUGUCAAGCCCGGUGUGCUUCUGCCCAUUCCCUCGAAGGACCGAUCAGCCAAGCGCACUCGGAAAUUCAAGCCCACAAGACAGGCUUCAGCCAAUGCCUCGUCACUUAGCACCUGCGAUGAGAUGAUCACGCCCGCCUGUGUCGCGGCCUUGUAUAAGAUCCCUCAUUCCAGCCCCAAUGUCAGCGCCAACAACUCCCUCGGCAUUUUCGAGGAGGGCGACUACUACUCCCAGGAGGAUCUGAACCUCUUCUUCGCCAACUUCACCCCGUACAUCCCGCAGGGCACACACCCCAAGCCGGCAUUCAUCGACGGCGCCGAAGCUCCUGUUCCGGUUGCUGAUGCCGGAGCCGAGUCCGACUUGGACUUCCAGCUCGCGUACCCGAUCAUCUACCCCCAGACCAUCACGCUCUUCCAGACCGACGACUACAACUACGCCAGUGGAGAGAUCGAGACCGACGGAUUCUUCAACACCUUCCUGGAUGCCGUCGAUGGGUCUUACUGCACAUACUGCGCCUACGGCGAAUGCGGCGAUGACCCGAACCUCGACCCCGUCUACCCUGACAACUCCACCGGUGGAUACACCGGCCAGCUGAUGUGCGGUGUAUACAAGCCCACCAACGUCAUUUCCGUUUCCUACGGUGGCCAGGAGAGCGAUCUGCCUGCUUACUACCAGCAGCGUCAAUGCAACGAAUUCCUCAAACUCGGUCUCCAAGGAACAUCUAUCCUCUUUGCCUCGGGCGAUGACGGUGUUGCUGGCCCUGCUGGCGAUGACACUGCCAACGGCUGUCUCGGAAACGGAACGAUCUUCAGCCCUGCAUUCCCCAACAGAUUCAGCUGCCCUUACGUCACCAACGUCGGUGCCACGAAGCUGUACCCCAACCACACCAUUGCCGACGGCGAAAGCUCCGUCGUCGACCCAGUCGGCCACCCCUACUCCGUCGCGUACUCCUCCGGUGGUGGCUUCAGCAACAUCUACACUAUCCCCGACUACCAAGCCGCGGCGGUUGCGGAAUACUUCAAGAACCACAAUCCCCCGUACCCCUACUACGAAGGCAACGCCAGCUUCGGCAAGAACGGUGGCGUGUACAACCGCCUGGGUCGUGGAUACCCCGAUGUAGCCGCCAACGGCGACAACAUCGCCGAGUUCUGGGAGGGAGAAUUCAUCCUGGAUGGCGGCACCAGUGCCAGUACCCCGAUCUUCUCCUCCGUGAUCAACCGCAUCAUCGAGAAGCGUAUCGCCGCCGGCAAGGGCCCGCUGGGCUUCCUCAACCCGGUGCUGUACCGCAACGCGCACGCGCUGAACGAUAUCACCAAUGGCUCGAACCCCGGCUGUGGCACCGAGGGAUUCUACACUGCUCCGGGAUGGGACCCCGUGUCCGGAUUGGGAACCCCCAACUUCCCCAAACUGCUGGACGUGUUCAUGGGAUUGCCGUAG